UACGCAGGCUGAGCUGUGAGUGUAAUGGAGGCUGAGUAGCUGAGAGAAGAUAAAGGCUGUUUGUCCUUGGCUGGGGAAAGAGAAGGGAAGAGGAAUCUUUUUAUUUAUUUUUUUUGUAAGGUUUUGUGUUUUUAAGGGGAAAAAAAGGCAAGCUGGAAAAAAUGGAGAUGAAGAAAAGGAUCAUCCUGGAGCUGAGGAACAGGAGCCCAGGCGAGGUGGCAGAGCUAGUAAUUGACAAUUGUCGCAGCAACGAAGGGGAGAUCGAGGGCUUUUGCGACGGAUUUAAGGAGCUGGAGUAUCUCAGUAUGAUCAACGUGGGGCUCAAGUCUCUCGCCAAACUCCCAAACCUCCAUAAACUGUUAAAGCUGGAGCUCAGUGAUAACUCCAUCUCGGGAGGACUGGAGUUGCUAUCGGAGAAGUGUCCCAACCUUGUGUACCUCAACCUCAGCAGCAAUAAGAUAAAAGACUACAGCACAGUGGAGCCUCUGAAAAACCUAACGCAUUUGAAGAGCUUGGAUCUGUAUAACUGUGACAUCUCCAAUCCCAAUGACUACAGGGAGAGCAUCUUCAAGCUCCUCCCCCACAUCACCUAUCUGGAUGGCUUCGACCGAGAUGAUCAGGAGGCUCCAGAGUCUGACGAUGAGGAGGAAGACGAGGAAGACGAAGAUGGAGCCGCUGCCGCAGGGGGUUACUACGAGGAAGACGAGGAUGAGGAGGAGGAUGAAGAUGAUGAGGAAGAUGAAGAGGAGGAGGAUGAUGAACAGGAGGAGGUGGAGGAGGUCGGAUUAUCCUAUCUCCUAAAAGAAGAGAUUCAGGAUGAUGAUGACGAUGAUGAUUAUGUCCAUGAAGGAGAGGAGGGAGAGGCAGGUGAUCAAGAUGCGGUUGCUCAGGGACAGAAACGGAAACGAGAGGCGGAUGACGAAGGCGAAGAAGAUGAGUAGUUCCCUGCGGGUGUGACCAAACUCCUGUUUUACCGCAAUACAACUUCGUAACAUACUUGCUAUGGUUUAGAUGGUAACUGUCACAAUUGGAGUUGAAGGGGGUGAAGGAGGAGAAGUAACCUGGGGUUGGAGGGGUGGGGUUGGAGGGAAAGGAAAUUAUUUUGUUGUACUUUUUAAAAACCAUUCCAGUUUUACUAACAAAGUCCUGGAUUCAUUUGUGUAGUUUUGGUUUUUUUUUUGCAAUGCCUUUCUUUGGAGCUGCGUGGAAUCGAUACUCGGAACAAAGUGCAUGCAAAGUGAAAUUCUAAAGAUCUAGUUGAUCUCCUGUAGUGUUAUGCGUGUAGGCCGAGGUCCAGAAGUGGUGGAGGGGCAGUGAAGAGCAAAUUGGGUCUCAGUGCACGUUUUAAAGCACUACACAAUUGCUUGUUUUCCCUGAACAAUUCCUGUCUGCAUUUGCUAUGUAAACUGUCACGCUGCAAUUACAGCCUCCCAUCAGAAGAGGUGAUGCAGCACACCACAGGCGGCAGAUUACACUGGUAAAUCUCCAAUAUAAACGUUGAUGUUGGAGUUUACAGCAGAAAAUUUAAAGUCCACUACUUUGAAUAAAUUUCCUGAAAUGCUUUAUUUUCCCUUGCCUGUAUUUUCAGUUAAUUUCUCCCCUUUUUAUUGUUUUAAACAUCCAUCCCGUAGGGGAACUGCAGGUUAAACACCCCCCACCCUGGCUAGCUGGAACUCUGGUCAAUCUGACACAGUCCAGUGGUCAGUCUUCCAACCCAUUGAGGGUUUAUGUUCAAGAUCCAUUUCCCAACAGAUACAUGUUUUCCUCCUAGUGGAUGUCUUAAAGUAUUUCCAGAUGAGGAGAGGAGAAUAGAUGGCAGUGUAUGUCUGAGGUCGGAUGGUACAGUAACAGCUGCCUCCUUUUACAAGUGCUGUCUCCAUAGAUUGCUCCUGACUUCCUUCAACUCCUAUUGAAAAUUGCAUUUUUUUUAACCUGUUGUUGAGGAUUCCUCUACAGAUGCAGACAGUUACUCACGUGUAGGGGUGGGUUUUGUAUUCGUAGAUCUUGUGGGGCUUUUGUUUUGUAGCUGUACCUUAACACAAAACGCACGAGCACUGUUGAGAUUUAUGUUUCUGCUUGCGGGAUUUGAGGGGUUCCUGCAAAUCAAAACUGACAAUUUGUGAAUGAUAUUUCUUGCUUUUCCAAAGGAAUUGUGCAGUCUUGAUGCACUUAUUCCUGAAUUGAGGUCAAGGAAUGGCGCUUUUCUUUUUGGUUCUCCUCCCUCACUUGAGGUGGCACCAAGACAGACAGACUGCCUGAUGUAUGGUACCCCUUUCCCGUCACUGCCCGUCUCCCCACUUCUUUGACCUGGUCAAGUCUGGCAAUUCUUCUGAGUGAAGGCAUCCUCCUGUGCAGCCUCCUCCCCCCUCUGUCCUAUGCCAGCCCUUGUCUUCAGCUCUUUCCCCUUCCAUUAGUAAAUUCUAACAGUGCUCAAACAGUGACACACUCCAUUUUUUUUUAAAAGGACACUUUGUAAAUAGCCUGUUUGGUCGCCUUUUUAAGAAGAGAACAGUCUCCCUGCCCCUCUUUUGUGUUUAAAAUUGUUUUUGGAAGAAUAGUUUUUUUUAUUUUUUUGGUUUUAGGAUAUACUGUAUUUGGAUGAAGCCAUGGUAGAAUUUUUAAAUUUGGAAUAAUGAAUUUGAAGCAUUAUUUUGCUUCGGCAUAUAUAUAUCUCAACCCAGGCAGUUACUCUGCAGUGGUCUGUGAAUGUUUCUUCAGUUACUUGUUCCAGGGAUAUUCCCAGGACACACAUUUGCGUGUGUCAGUUCCCCAUUUCCUUGCGGGGGGGGGCGUAUGUUCCCUCCCGCGCUGACCCCUUCUCGGCGGUAAACAAAACAUAUUUGUGGAGUAGUUUUUCUUUUUUAGUGUGCGUGCAGGUUUGCUCUAGGUCUGUACUUCUCUUGCCAUGCCCUUACCUGCCAAAUGUGACCAGUUGACCUUCCUCCCUACCCCUGUAUUUUAAUUUUAAUUGUUGGAGGGGAGGGGCUGUAAUUUUUCUUUUUAAAAACCAUGAAAAUCGAGCCUCCUGGGAACAGCUCUGGGUUGGUUUUGUGCUGUAAACUUAAUGCCGUUUUUUGUUUAUAUAUAAAUUGAAAGUUGCACAAAAUAAAGUUCCAAAUGUUUCAGUAAA